UCAAGCAAGUCGACCAAACAACCCCAAAGAAAGUGAAGGUGAGGGAUUUCGUUUUUAAUCUGCAAUAUGUGUAUGUGCCUAGUUUUUUUUGUUGAUUUUUGUUCAUAGAAUAGAUUAGGGCUGGGGAAUGAAGAAACCUGGGUUUUUUUUUAUAUUUUUCAUGCAACUCGAUAGAAAUUGAUAGGACUCAAUAGUACAUGAUAGGGACUGGAUUUGACUGUGCCUCGAUAGGCCUCGAUGGGAUUCAAUGAAAUUUUAGGCUUUGGGAUUUUUAGGGCCUACCACGAUAGGACUCGAUGAUACGGGGCUUUGGAAUUUUUAGAGCCUACCUCGAUAGGACUCGAUGAUACGGGGCUUUGGGAUUUUUAGGGCCUACCUCGAUAGGAAUUAAUAGGCCUUAAUAGGACUCGAUAGUAACCCGAUGAUAUUAUUCUUUGUGAUUUUUAGAACUCACCUCGAUAGGCCUCGAUAGGACUCAAUAGUUUCUGCCUCGAUGGGACUCGAUAGGCCUCGAUAGUAACUGCCUCGAUAGUGACCAGAUUGUUUUACAUUUUUAACAUUUUUUUAACAUUUUUUUUUGUUUUUUUUCCAGAUGUCUGACCUUAUUGUGUCGUUGGAGAAGCACUUUCCCGCCCGUGUCACUCAUAGGGGUAGUGCCUACUUGGAUACCCUUAUAGAGCAGUUUCAGAGGCAUGGCCUUAUUGAAAGGGCACAGGCAUGCCCGUUGGGACAGUUCUUUAAGGCGAAGCCGUUUAGUUUUUCUGGGGUUCUGCUGCAUCAGCUAAUGUUGCGUAAGGUAGAAAGCAAGAAGCCUGAAGAGGGUCAGUUCUACCUGGGCAACAGUCUGUGUAGAUUUGGUAUUGCAGAGUUUGCCCUAGUUACCGGGCUAAAUUUUGGGAAAUAACCGUCCCCAGAUGAGUUGAAAUAGCAUCUUUCAAGUGAUUGGAUCAUCCAGGAAUAUUUUAAUGGUGAUUCGAAGGUUAGUUUUGGUCAGUUGGAAGAUGCAUUGAAGGCCUCCACAAACCCAGAAGAUGCAUUUAAGCUGGGUUUGUGCUAUUUGAUAGAGGGGGUACUGAAUGCCCUAGAGAAGACAACGACGAUAUAGGGAGAUUCCUUGAGGAUGGUUGAGGAUAUUGAUUACUUUUUCAAGUAUCCAUGGGGGAAGUUGUCAUUUAAGAAGGUUAGCAAAGGAGUUCAGAAAGACAUGAAGAAGCAAUUGAAACACUAUGAGGAGAAGAAGAAAGAGGGGUCAAGCAAAAAACAGAAGGAGGCGAAGUAUAGUUUCAAUUGCUAUGCACCUGCGCUUCUUUACUGGGCUUUUGAGGCCAUGCCUUCUCUCGGGAGUAAGUUCGGUGAGAACAGUGGGAAUCAGAUUCCGAGGAUGCUUAGCUGGGCUACGAAGACUAAUAUCACUAUUUCGAUAGCUCUGUUGGUUCCUAUAUUCGCCAACCGUCGAUUAGUGGUAUUUCCCAUGCUGAAGCCACGUCCCAGUGAGGUAGUCUACUACAAUAGCCUCCCUGAAGUUGAUUCAAGGUUAUUCCCUGAGUUGGAAUCAACUGUGGGGGAGGCUGGGACUGCAGCGGAGGAAAUAGUGGUACCUGAGAAGGAGGCAGAGAAGCUGGCAAAAGUUGCAAAGGAAGCCUCCAUUUUUUAUGAGGAUGUCCCGAGGGUUGAGGAGGGCACUUCACAGGCCUGUGCAGCUUCAUCUAGUCAAGUUGUCCAGACUGAUUAUGAGCAAUUGAUGCAGAGGCUCAAGAGGGUUGUGGAAGGCCAGGCAACCUUACUACAAAAUCAGACCACGAUCAUGGCUCAGUUGGCGCAGCUGCUUUCACUGGUCUCAGGUCGAUCCACCGACGUAAAAUCAGAUACAGAGUCUGAUAUCUUGCCUGCAAACUACAAGCGCGGUGAUCAACCCUCCACUCCACAGGCCCAUACAUCUGUAGUUGCCAGUGAUGCUGACAGUCCCAGUGUACGAGUACUGCAGCCCGAGGAAGCAGCUGGCCUUGAAGUUGUCAGGAAGAAACGCAGGCCCAAGCGUUUUGAUGACUUCACCGACCCAACAAAGAAGAUCAGACUAGAUAAAUAGGGGCUAGUUGUUGAACCACUGAGGAAGUGUGACCCACAACAGAAGAAGAGCUUCCAUAAGUGGAUCAUCGGGAAGAUCGGCAACAAGAGAGACCGGAACGUCUAUAC